UCGUUAAUACAAUUUGUUGACAUAUUUUGAAGAAUUUAUUGGCACUAAUUAAAUAACGGUAAACAAAAACGUGUGUUGCUUCUGGUAGGUAAUAUAUAUGAUAAUGUGGUAAUUUUGUAUAAUUACACCAAUGCCGAGGAAACUACUGCCUGUGGUUGUAUAUCAUUGUUCGGACGAAGGGAUGUUACCAUAUAAAACAUUGUAAUUCAGGAUAUUCGCAAACUCAGUUGAAGAAAGUGCAUGCGGAACAAAAGCAAAUUUUGAAAUAUAGAUUCAGCAGUUUUUGUAAAAUAUAAGAUUAUGCUUAAUUAGUAUCGUCUGAGUCUUUUGUGUUAUACUGGAAAUAUACUGUGCUACGUCUACCUUUGGAUUAAGUGUAAUUUUUCUUAUUAUGGAUAUAGAAACCUGAAAUCAUGGAUACGCAUUUAACUCCGUUUAAAAGAAGAUAUGUUGACAAUUGGAGAAAAGAAGUGAACAAGCAUCUGCGAGCAGGUACAAUGUGUUUAACAUUGACCGACUCACCAUUACAAAAUGUUGCACUGGAUAAUCAAAUCAAAAAUAAAUUUGAAGUUUCUUCAAAUGGAACAAUAUCUCAUGAAAUGGGGACCCAAACGGUUAACAAUACAAAACAGCCUAUGAAUUUAAAGCGAGUAUCUUUUAAGUAUUCUAAAAAUGUCGAUCAGAGUAAAGGAACAGAAAAAGUGCAUGAAGGGAACCAGUCAAACAGUGCUCGCAAGACUUCCCAGAAACCUUCAUAUCAGCGUCACGAAACUAAUCCGUGUGACAACAUUGAAGAGGAACACACUCCAUUAGUUAUCAUUGAUCCGCAGUUGAUGACACCGAUGAGGCACUAUGAAAUAAAUCCACAAGAGAGAUCAUCAAAUAAUCGCCCAAAGUCGAUCGAAAGAAACAUAAAUAAUCCAUUCAAAUUCACAUCAGUGCAAACCUCGCGAGACAUCAAUCCAGAAAACAAGAAAAAGGAAGUAUGGUCUAUCCGUUGCCAAGUUCAGUCACGAGACAGGAAUAGUUUUGUCGUUUCUCGUUCAAAUUUAUUUAAAUAUAAUGAUAUAUCCAAUCAUAGUUUUCUGAACUUACCAUCUCGUUUCCAAAAUGACAAAUACAAUCAACAGAUAACUACACCGAAGCCGGAAGUUUCAUUGAAUCAACCCUCUCCGCGAAGAAAUAUUACUUCAAUGUUUGCUGUACAAGCAUGGUAGCCUCGACGGUAACGCGCGUUAAUGUUCUGUGUUAUUACUUCAGUGUUUUAUGUACACGCAUGGUAAUGUGAACGCUCUGUUUUGUACCUUAAGUGUUUGCUGUACAAGAUUGGAACGUAAGCGAUCUGUUUGUGGUACUUUAGUGUUUGCUAAUGCAUACAUGGUGAUGUGAAAGUUCUGUGAUAGUGCUGUACAAGUAUGGCAUGGUUAACAUUCUGUAAUUCCCAUGAGCAAUAUUAUAUCUUGAGUAUUGGAAGACAGUUAUUUAACUAAAGUCUUAACUAUAUCCAUUGACAAAGGACAGUAAUUCCUCAUGACAAACGCGCAAAACAUAUUCCAUCUUGUAAUUGGUAAAAGAUUCAAAAUAAAAUUGUAUUACGUGUA